UCCCGGCUCCUCCUCUGUCGGGCUGCUCGGCUCCAUCGAGCGAUCUUCCCAAAAAACUUUCCGUGCCAAGAGGUUUUUUAGUUCUUGUCUGCGUUACAUUGAGACACUUGGAGGCCGUGCAGGGAGGAGAGUCGCGUUUAUAAGAUAUGACAUAUAAGACAUGGUACUGAUGACCGAGCAGGCGGACAGACCUCUGACCCCGUUAUCUGCACCAGAGCAACUUUUCAACAAGGACUCCCGAGGGAAUCGGUCGACGUCUGAAGUGGAGAAUGGAGGUGAGAGGAGACAGAGGUGGCCUGGACGGUCACCUGCGGACCUCCACCUGUGUCUGGACACAGAGUCGGACCCCUCAGAGAGCAGGAAGAAACCCAGCCUGAGGCUGAAACCUGUGGAGCAGCUUUCACCGAUGCUGAGUCCAGGCGACUGUGAAGUGAAGUUUGAGAGGAAGAAACCGCAGCCCAGCCACUUAUCAAAGCCAAAUGCACAGUAUCAUAAGUUAUUCAAGGAGGUCAGCAAGGACGAGUUACUCAAACAAAGUUACACUUGUGCCCUGCAGAGAGACAUUUUAUAUCAGGGCAAGAUGUUCGUCUCCGAUAACUGGAUCUGUUUCCACUCCAAAGUCUUUGGCAAAGACACCAAGAUUUCAAUUCCUGUGACGUCUGUGACGUUUAUCAAAAAGACUAAAACUGCGUUAUUGGUGCCAAACGCUCUCGUGAUUGAAACCAAAAGUUAUCAGCACGUGUUUGUGUCCUUUCUGUCUCGAAACACCACCUACAAACUUCUGAAGUCCAUCUGUGUUCAUUUGGAGGUGGAUAAGACUUGUAACAGCCCCGUUACGUCCUCCUGUGAAAACAGCUUCAGAGUGAAAUGCCCGCAGUCUCUUCCUCUGGACUUCUCCAGAGACUUCUCCGACCUCGACGGGGUUGUGCAACAAAGGCGGCAGGAGAUGAUGGAGAGCAGCAGCUCCGGCUCUCAAACACCAGAUUAUGAGAAAAUAACCGACUUCAGCGGCCUGCCGGACACGUUUCUGAGCGCAGUGAAGAGCGGAGAGGUUUCGGUCCACGCAGACAUUCACCUCCAGACUCCGAGCCAAAAGCAUGGAGCCGUUCCCCUCAUGAACGGGUCAACUAAACCGACCCGAGCAGUCAAAGACAAGUCCUCGCAGCCCAUGUCGUUACACGCCAUCCUCCUCAUCUAUUUGUUUUUAGUGAGUGUUCUGGUCCUGUCCUCCUGUUACAUGGCCUUCAAGAUUGUGGCUCUGGAGCAUCGUUUGAACUCCCUGGUGUCGAUGGGGGAACACAUUCGCAAUGAAAACGCUGUGAGCCACAGGUCCCAGAGUGAAAUGAAUGCUGAGAUCUACGGAGAGCUGUCGACCAACUUGUUCAAGCUUGAAAAGAUUCAAAGAAACCUCCGGAAGCUGCUCGAGGAGACUUAAAAAGAAGAUUGUUGGCCUGUCCGGACAGAAGCUUUAUCUUUUUAUUAAAAAUACUGGGAGGGUUGUUUUUAUAUCACUGAAGAUCCUCGGAUCAGUUCGGACGUUACAGAAAAGCUUUCCUUAAACUUGUGUGAACUUUUAACCUUUAAAAUUGUGCAAUAAUAGCUUCUUUCUCCUUUCUCAGGACUCUUUUCUGAACAAAAUAUUGUGCUGGAGGAUAAAUUGAAGCAGCGUGUUAGUGUGCCAGUGUUAGCCAAGAGAAUUUAUAUAUAUAUACAUAAAUAUAUAUAUAUAUAUAUAUAUAUAUAAAUAUAUAAAUAUAUGUAUGUAGUAUUUAUGUAAGAGCUUUUUAUUUUGUAUUUCACAAUAGUGGGAUUUUUAAGGUCCAAAGGUCCUAUUUCAAUGUUUUCCAAACAUUCCUUAAAAGGUCAAUUUGUGCUGUUUAUUGUUGUUUUUAGCUGCCAAUUAAUUAUAUUUAUGUCGUGUAUAUAUAAAUCACUCAGCUGGGGACGUUUGUACAAUAUCUUUUGACUGCUUUUAUAGACAAUAACUUCUUAGUGAGUAGUCUUUGCUAAGUGAAAACAUGUUUAAAUAAUAUGAAAAUGAGACAAAAUCAACAGUUUUUUAUUGUAAAUGUGGUUUUAACCAUUUAAUUUACUUGUUUUCUUCACUUAUUGAUCCGAAGCGCUUCUUAACUGAUCAUAAUUUAAUUAUUCGUCCUGUUUUACUUACCACUGAAACCUGUUUCAGUGAUUUCAGGAGUGUUUUUAAUGGUUAUGAACCCUUUUGUUUACAUGUAAGAUCACAGACUGUGCCUUUAACUGUGUGUCGCAGUCCAAAAAUAAACGUCUCUCGUGCAGCGUC